CGGGCUCUGUUCAGUGUGGCGUGGUGCUGAAGACACUCGUCUCCUCCGCUCUGCUCCUCGCUGCUCUUCUCUCUCUCUCACCCUCGGAUGGAUUUGGGAGGCACAAAGGCUCGUCGUCGGGACGACAAGCUUCCACGCCACCGCUAACAACAACAAAAAAAAGCCACGCGAGACACGUUUCCAACAGGGUUCUGAGGAAACGUGAUGAUUAACGGCCGCCCCCCUUCCGAGGUCUUUGCAGUCGUAGUUCCGGCAUAAAGGCAAAAGCCGUCACCAUGGCAACCUCCUACCUCCAGCCUGUGCCCUUUGACCUCUCCAUCAGAGAGUGCAAUUAGUAAGUGAGGAGCAGCGAGUCCAAGACGCGCUCGCCACAAAGCCAUGUAGUGCACCUCCCUCCGAGGUGGGGCCAGGGCGCACGUCAGAGUCCCAUUGAUUAGAUUUGUUAUGCACGUGUCAUUUUGCCGACACAUCUACACUUGUGGGAUUGAGGAGUGCAUGUGGGCGUAGGCUGCGUGUCUGUGGUGUGGAGAAAGUGCCAGCGAGGAAGAGAGAGACAGAAGGAAAGAUAUGGUCCUCCACACUGCCCCCUACUCCAGUGCCUGCCUGCACUUCCUGGACGGCUUGUCAUGGAGCCUGGUGUUCCCCUGCUACUGGCUGCUGGAUCGCCUUCUGGCCUCCUGCGUGGCCACCACGCUGGAGAAGCGCCAGCGCUCCCAGGACCCCUGCUCCUUCCUCACACUGUGCAUCCUGAUCUCUGCGCCGCUUUACCUGCUGCUCCUCCUGGUCUCGCUGCCCUUCGCCCUGCUGGGCUUCGUCCUCUGGGCUCCGCUGCAGGCAGUCCGGCAGCCCUACCUGUACACCUACCGCAGACCAGACAAGCACCAGGCCGAGCAGGGCGGGGCCUGCUCAGGGGCCAUCAUGGAGUGGAGGCCCCAAGGCCGAAGUUUCUGCUUCUGCAGUGCCAACGUUUGCCUCCUGCCAGACUCUCUGGCCAGGUUAAACAACCUGUCAGACACCCACAGGAGAGCCCGAGAGGUGGGGAAGAGGAUCCGCAAUGGUGCCAGCCGACCUCAGAUUAAAAUUUAUGUAGACUCCCCGACCAACACGUCUAUCAGUGCGGCAUCUUUCAGCAGCUUGGCCACAGGUUUCCGACGUACCUCAUCUCUGGACCAGCGACCAGACCAAACACACACCACCAACGGCCUUGCCGACGCUGAAACCGAACCCCUCACCGAGUGCCCUGUUCACCCCUCAGGUACCAUCAACUGCCCCGGCCACCCUGCCGCAGGUGACCAGGGAUCUUCUGAAUGCCCCCUUCACCCAAAUGGAGCAGAUUCUUCAUCAGACUGCCCGCUCCACCCCAGUGGAACCAGUAACAGCUCAGACUGUCCUGUUCACACCUCAGGAGAGGCUUCAGACUGCCCCAUGCAUUCCACACGAGCUGCCAGUGGCUCCGGGCACCACGACUGCCCCACACAGGGAGAGGAGGGCCAACCAAAACCUUCCCCAGACUGCCCACUUCACACCUCAGGGGUUCAAAUAAGCAUCAGUGCACCAGAUACAGAACCCCAGGAGGAAGAGGAUGAAACGGGGAACAGUCGGCCCAGGGAGCCGGCAGGAGGAGAUUCCGGAAGCAUGACCGCCUCCAGGGAGUCUCUUGCCCGUUACCAUGGAGCUGGAUGUGAUGUAGGAGGGGGCAUAUCCUCCAACAACACCCUCUCACACGUCCCACGCACAUCAAUCUUUAAGCGUCUGGGACGCAAACGUCGCCACGGAGAUGAAGCCUUUGAUCAUGAGAUUUCUGCCUUUUUCCCUGCCAACUUGGACUUCCUGGCUCUACAGGAAGUGUUUGACCAUGGCUCAACAACUAGAUUGCGGCAGCAGCUGCACCGCUACUUCCCAUAUGUGCUUAGCGAUGUUGGGCGGUACGGCUGGAAAGGUUGCUGCUCCAGGUUCAAGUUCCUGAACAGUGGGCUGCUGUUGGCCAGCCGCUACCCCAUCCUGGAUGCUCGGUAUGAGUGCUACCCCAACGGGAGAGGGGAGGACACCAUGGCAGCAAAGGGAGCACUCUUUGCCAAGGUUCACGUGGGCACCUCCCAUCAAGAGCAGCGAAUAGUGGGAUACAUCACCUGCACGCACCUCCAUGCCAUAGAAGGUGACGCAGCCAUACGUUGUGAGCAGCUAGACCUGUUGCUGCAAUGGGGAGCUGAGUUUCGCCAAUCCGCAUCCCAAACACCUGAAGGAGAAAAGGUGUUGGAAGACCUGGUGGCCUUUGACAUCAUCUUGGGAGACCUCAACUUUGACAACUGUUCUUCUGAGGACAAACUGGAGCAGCAGCAUGCACUUUUUACUCAAUACAAGGACCCGUGUCGCCUGGGGCCAGGGGAGGACAAACCGUGGGCUUUGGGUACACUACUGGAUACUAGUGGCCUUUACGAGGACGAAGUCAGUUCACCUGAGAGUUUACAAAAAGUGAUGGAGAAUGAGGAGGGGAGGAAGGAGUACCUGGUCUUUCCUCCCAGUAAGAGCCACUGUCCCGGCAGUAGUCAGAAGGGGCGGAAGAUCCCUCUGAAAGGAAAUGGGCGGCGCAUCGACUACAUCCUGUACAGUGACGAGGGCCUGCAGCAGGACUGGAAACUGGACAUUGAGGAGUUCAGCUUCAUCACCCAGUUGGCCGGUCUCACCGACCACCUGCCUGUGGCCAUGCGGUUGGCUGUUACCACUGGGGAGGAGGAAGCUUAGUUCUCAUCGCUGAGAUUUUUGAUCCUGCCAAUGAGGAACGAGACCAAACAGGGAUACAGGAGGGAUGAAGAGAGUUGUUAAACGGAUAACGAACUGUUGGAGAGCGAUUGUCCAGUUUUUGCGGGACGCUGUAAGAGACACAUGGAAGAAUCAAUGGACGAGCGGAAAAAUGGAUGGACAGGCAAAGGCAUGGUAUCAGUGGAGCGACGUGGAGGAGGAUAAACCGUAAGCGGGGGAAAUCUGUUUAUUUAUGUUCCUGGGUAAAUCAGCCAAGCACACUCAUGUGGUGUCUGCAGACAUUUUGAGUGUCUUCUCCUGGAACAUCUUCGCCUCCUUCUCUCCUCGUGGACAAACACGACCUGCCAAAGUCAAUCCAGAUUGUUUUAUUUUGUUCCAUGUAGCCAAAAUCACACAUACUCCUUGAUGGGAUCUGUCUUCGUGAACGUCUGAUUCCUGCUUUUUUUUUUUGUUUGUUUCUACCUUCAGGGACGGUUGGGUCCUAAUAACUUAGUGACUUAGUAGAAACCACGUGCAUUAAGUGAUGAGCGUGACGCUGCUAACCGGCCUUGACAUUGACUGCCUGUCUCCUCGUGUCGUGCUCCUUUGUGAAAGGCUAUUGGUCAGUUCAACUGUCCAUCAUUGACUUUGCUCCUCCCACUUCAGUCCCAGGAACCUCAACGUGUCUUUUUUUUUCUAAAUCUCUUAAAAUGGUGUUUCAAGAAAGAGAUGAAUAUUACACACUUUGUACUGCAGACAUGCUCUUUUUCAAUGCCUGUUUAAUAUUCUGUUACAUUUUUAACAAAGGUAUCGAAUCAAGACAAAGUCUAUAAGAAAAUCUUAUUUAUCUUAAGCGCUGCACUGGUUAUAGCAUGUGUUUCAGCCAUAAGUGGUGAAAAAAUUGAAACGUACAUGUAAUGCAACAGUAUGGGCCGAGGCUUUGCUAGUGCAUGAUGGGAAAUCAGUACCAGUUUACAACCAUAAUAUAAACAGCUUGAUUCACACUUGUUUGGAAGCAUUUUGCCCUAAAACAGGAUGUUGCUGUAUAACAAUAUGACAUUUGUGCAUGAUGAUGACACAUACAGAUGUUUGCACAAAAAUGCGCUGCAGAAUGACGUAAAACGGGUGCAGAGCAACGCACUCUGUGUGCAGAUCAGGUGAUGCUUUCUCUGCCUCUUGAAUUUUCCCUUCAGAAAUUGUUUACAAAUAAAAUGAUAAGAAAUCAGGAAAGCACAUCAUUGCUGCAUCAACCAACAUGGCGACACUUCACAAAAUGAGUAAAUUUCACAUAUAUUGUUUGUAAAACAGCUAUUGAAAAAAAAAAUUAAAGAUUGCAAACAGGCCAUUCACCAUUAAUAAAGGACAGUAAUGGCG